AAAUGCAAGACUGGAAAUAGACUUCCGCGGCGAUCAUAAUUGAGAAGAAAAGUACUUGUUAGUUGCACUAGUCGUGUGAGGAAACUGUACUAGAAUAAUGGAUUUGCGACUAGUAUUAUUAGCCCUUGUGGCAAUUGCCGUAUCUACGGAGGCCAAGAGUGUUAAAGGCAAUAAGAAAUGUGAUUUUGGAUGUUCGCCACCAGUAUGCGCACCAUCUUGCCCAGUCAGCUGCUGUGCACCACCACCACCUCCACCACCACCAUGCCCAGUACCAUGCCCACCACCACCUCCUCCACCACCACCACCAAUUACUAUGAACCACGUUCAAAACGUUGUAUCUCACGUUAUGCAUCCAGCACCACCACCACCACCGCCACCACCACCAGCACCAUGUCCACCACCUUGCCACCAACACCAGGUGCAACACAGCGUCCAAUUUCAUGCCUCUCCACCAGCUCCACCACCACCACCAAUGCCAGCACCACCACCAAUGCAGGUUGACUCUCAUCAACAUGUCUUCACUCACAUUACCCAUCCAGCUCCACCACCACCACCUCCACCACCAGCAGCACCAUGUAUGCCACCAUGCCACACCGUCCAAACCGUCCAUCAACACGUCCAUCACUUCCCACCUCCACCACCACCACCAUGCCCAGUACCAUGUCCAGCACCAUGCCCAGUACCAUGCCCAGCACCAUGCCCAGUACCAUGCCCAGCACCAUGCCCAGUACCAUGCCCAGCUCCAUGCCCAUGCGCUGGAAAGUAAAUAAGACGAAGAUUAAGCCUUAGUCAUGUGGACUUUGGAUCGACGUAUGUGGAGUGGUACCAAGUACUUGAGAAUCCUUUGUUUUAAUUACAAAGACCUUAUAGAAUUAGAUACUGGAUUGGAACUUACGACGGACAAUUUGAUGAAGAUUAUAGUUAGUGAAGAUGACAUUGAAGAUGGAAGCAACUCCUUGUAAAUAACUGUGUAAGACCGUGUCUUACCGCGAACAAAGUUGUUAUUUAUCAAACAGACUGGAACAUGUGAAUUAGAUAAACGUUUGAGUUUUGUUCAAUCCUAAUCUUAUUGCGGCAAGUUUAUGUUGUGAAAAUAAAAUCGCUUAAACAUUUCA